AUGGAAUUCUGCACGCUGGCCCUGGAAAGCGCUGACGAUGGGGCCUCCGCCAAUAUUGGUCUCUACAAGCAGCCUCGUGCGCGAACAUUCUCUCUACAGGACAGCAUGCUUGACAAGAUCACCAAGGACGACUUCAACGCGGUGCUCGGACCCAAAGUGCAAGUAUUUUGGAACCUCGACGAGCAGCUCCCUCUCGACCUCUCCUGUUUCACCGUGCACCCGUCGGUCGCCGGCAUCAUGGGAAACACUAGACAGAGCAGUUCCGCCGUGGAAAACACGCACCAAGACACCAGGAUGGCUAGCAUCGCGGCCUCGUGUAUGCCCGUACACCCCUGCGCAAAGAGGGUCUCGGCGAACUUGGCCGACUCGGUCGUGACACCAACCAGGAACCGCGCGCCCAUGUUGAGCGGCGUCGCCGGGAGGCCGCGUGCAAGAUGGUGGCUUGCCAGCGACCACGUCUGCGACCAGGGCCUCUCGCCACGCGCCACCGGACCGGCAGCAGGCCCGCGGCGCAGCCAGAUCUUUACGGUCGUCGGCACGCCGGCCAUGUUCCGGCGCGUUGGGUGCGAGCAAAAGAAGGGGAUGCGGCGGCCCGGAUGCGGUCUUCUGUGGCAAAUGGAUUGGGAAGGGGAGAGCGUCGGGGAUGAUGUGGGAGAGACAUCGGCUAUACCGUGGCGCGCUCGAGGGCGCCGCGGCGAUCCAGCUGGUCGAGACAAGCACCACCCGCAAGCUGGCAAUGGCCAGGUCGACUGA